AGUGUGUAAGUGAUAGUGACUCGAUUUCGAUUUGAGUGACCAGCAAAGGCGGUCAUGGAGAGAUGAAACUACCAGAGAGAGUGUCUACCGGGUGUCGAAGAUCAAAGGAAGGAACAUGCUGAGACUUGUCUUAUGUUGCUGUAGCUAUAAAAGUGUCAGGACCUGGCAACCGGCUAUGACUUCCCUGAAACAAACACGGCCUUACCAAAACUAUUACCAUUUUCUGCAGAACCCCCGCAACCAUUUCCUUCUUCCCCUCUUUGGGACUUCAACUCCGAAGUCGGGGGCGGGGGCGGGGGCGGACUUGACGAUACUACAUUAUCAGGACGGGGAGUAUCAUGAUAAUAGACGUCUGAGCUUGGAUUGCAGAUCGGGUAGUCCCAGGUUGGCUAGUCUACUGGAUGUACUUCCGCCAUCCGUACUGUUCGUCUGUCUAUUGAUGAAAACGAGAUGACAGUCCAUGCUCGCAAGUUCCAAAGCUCACUGGC